AAUGGUGCCGAGGCUUCCAAUUUCUUGAUUAAUAAUCUCUUUGAGAAUCUAAUGAGGAUUAUUCAGGAGAAUAAUAAUAAUGUAUCUGAAAAUAUUCUGAGGCAAGUUGUUGCUGAAAUGGAGGAAUUGUUUAUGACUGAUGUUGAAGAGGGUAAUCAACAACGGCCAGAGCUAGCUCUAGUAGGUUCAAGUUGUCUGUUUUGUAUGGUAUGGAGAGGGAGGCUAUAUAUCGCUAACGUUGGAGGCUCUCGUGCUGUAAUGGGCUCUUUGGAUCCAUUUGAUAGACUCAAUGUUAGGCAGUUGGUCGAAGAUCACAAUGCUCGUAACAGGCAUAUUAAAAAAGAACUCAAGAAGUUGCAUCCAAAUAAUCCGACUAUUGUGACAUAUAAUUUUGAUGCAUGGCGUGUUGGAGGCAUAAGUGAAGUAAGCAGAUGUAUAGGAAAUGCAUAUUUAAAGCGGGCACCGUUCACUUUAACCUCAUCCUUCCGAGUCCCACAGUUGGAACUUGCACCUUCUGAUUUUACCCGACCUUUGCUAUCAGCAGAACCUGCAAUAUCUUCAAGAGUCUUAAAUGACGUCGAUAAAUUCAUUAUAUUUGGAUCUGGUGGACUUUGGAAAUUGUUGUCAAAUUGGCAAGCAGCUGAAAUUGUUCACACCAAUCAACGAGAUGGAAUCGCGAAAAGGAUUUUGAUGACUGCUCUACAGAUUGCAGCUAGAAGAAAUAAUAUGAGCUAUAGUGAGCUUUCGAAGAUUCAUACGAGACAUGGUGUUGUUAUUAGGGGUCCUAGUGUUUCUGUUAAAGGGACUAGGCGGGCGUAUCAUGAUGAUAUCUCUGUGAUUGUUGUAUUCUUCGACAAAAAUCCGGAACUGAAUCCGACUGUGAUGCCAGUGGUGACCUCGGUGCCAGGAAUCGAUUCCUUCAGAGGCUUCGAUGACGCGAUUCAUCCAUCACCUUUUAGAUAUCUUGAUGAUGUCUCUGAAGCACAUCAAUACCUUGAGACGAUUGUCUGACACGAUUCAUCCAUCAUCACCUUUUAGAUAUCUGAAUGUUGUCUUUGAAGCACAUAAAUAGAGUUGGUUCAUUCACUCAGUUUUGAGACAAGGAAUAUUAUGUCUAGAACUGUAUAUAGGAAAUAAACUUGAGUGACUCUGCCUAGUUUUAGAAAAAACUAGUUCAAAUUGUAACGUUGCGCAUCGUUUAACAU